GGGGGCUCAAGUUUAUUCUUAGUCUCAGCUCCGUCCUGUCUGCGGCUCUUCACUUUUCGCCCUCGGCCUUGCCUUCUUUGCUUUCUGGUGUUGCUCUUUUUCUUCCACGCUCUUGCCCCCAACCUUUCACUUUAGAUUUGCUCUGACGACACUGCGGGUCAUUUUGGGUUUUGGCCUCGACUCGCGGCGGUUGGCUUUUCUUCCUCCAUCCUUUUGUCGGAGGUUCUGCCGCUGCGCGAUGGGCAAGACAGAGUUGCGCUCCGUGUGCAAAAGCUUCCUGGACUGUCUGUGCCUCUGCUUGUCGCGAGGAAGUGGCAAAGCGGCGGCCGACACCAACCGAGACACCGAGAACGGCCACCUGGUCUACAAAAACGGAGACGUCCUGGACGAACGAUAUGAGAUCCUGGACACGCUGGGCGAAGGGACAUUUGGCAAGGUGGUGCAAUGUUUGGACCACAGCAGCGGGCGUCCGAUUGCUCUGAAGAUUAUUAAGAACAUUGACAAGUACAGAGAAGCGGCCAAACUGGAGAUAAACGUGCUGGUGAAAAUUAGCCGCAAAGAUCAGCACAAAUUAUAUCACUGCGUGCAGAUGCUGGACUGGUUCAACUUCUUUGGCCACAUGUGCAUCUCCUUUGAGCUCCUGUCUCUGAGUACCUUUGACUUCCAGAAAGGCAACAACUUCCUGCCUUACCCUAUCCACCACAUCCGACACAUGGCUCGGCAGAUCUGCCGCGCCGUCUGCUUUCUCCAUGACAACAGGCUGACUCACACCGACCUGAAGCCAGAGAACAUCCUCUUUGUCAACUCUGACUAUUCUGUCAUAUACAACGCUGACAAGAAGUGCAACGAGAAGCGAGUCAACGACAGCACGGUGCGCUUGGUGGAUUUUGGCAGUGCCACUUUUGACCUCGAGCACCACUCAAGCGUCAUCUCCACGCGCCACUACCGAGCCCCCGAGGUCAUCCUGGAGCUGGGCUGGAGUCACCCUUGCGAUGUGUGGAGCAUAGGCUGCAUCCUGUUUGAGUACUACAAAGGAUUUACGCUCUACCAGACUCAUGACAACAAGGAGCAUCUUGCCAUGAUGGAGCAUGUCCAUGGGCCGAUUCCUCAGAGAAUGGUUCAAAGGAGCAGGAAGCAGAUCUAUUUCCACUCUGGCCGCCUCAACUGGAAUGAGUGCACCAAGUCUGGACGCUACGUCAAAGCCAGGUGCAAGCCUUUGCGGAAGCACCUGCUAUCACAGGGCAGGGAACACCAUCAGUUUUUUGACCUUCUGGAGAGGAUGCUGGAGUACGAGCCUUCCAAACGCAUAUCUCUCUCCUCUGCUUUGAGCCACCCUUUCUUUCUGCAACCCCAACAGUCAGCAAGGGCUCGGACGUCUCGAAAUAGCUGCAACAUGGGCCCGUGAUUUCAACCUGAAUGCGUAAACAGCACCUUGAGAGCAGUCUGUUGAUUGGUUAAGCAACAGCAGAAGUGGCACAGGACUGCCGCCAUGUUGCGAUAUGUACGUAUGUAGCGGACGUUUUUCCACUCUCCCGCGUGCGGCGGGAUCAACAGCCAGGUCAGGGUUAAGAGAGCUGAGCCAUGGCGUGGACAAAGGAACUGUAGCGCUUUUGAACGCUUGUAGCAGCAAUUCUGCGUGAAGGUUAUUGGAGGGGCGGCCACCAGAUCUUGCAGAUGCCCCUGUUUGUGUAUUUAAUACACUGUAGAACACUUAAUGUCUCUCAAUAAAGGUAGAAGCUCCCUCGAGUUGGAGAAAACCUCCCCGUCUGUCUUGACUUGCUGGACCCUUUGAACCCAAACCUGGACCACCGCUGACAAUGAGACCAAAACGACCCUGGAGCCUGGAUACACUCAAACGCUUGGAGCGCACUACCCCAAGAACUGUUAGAACCAGAUGGAACGAGAAGCUUCGGAACAUGGAAUGUCUUGGACAGUGACACGACUCAAAACCGGGACCACUUGAAUCCAGAACUAAUGUGAGUAGGACACACUUGAGGAUGAGAUUCUCAAACUAUAAGAAAAACUCAUCAAAGUUAUUUUAACAACCUUUGCUAGGUUAAUUCUAACUAGCGUAAUGGAAAGCAUUCACAUUUAGUAGCAAUAGUGACUAGUCAAAAGAAUACGGACAUCCUUGACACUGCGAGAGUUGCCAUAAUUUUCUCCCAAGUGCUUGCAAGGUUCUAGAUCAAUACUUUGUUUUGAACCUGUUUUCCUCCUCAAGAUUCAACUCUUCUGCUUUUUUUCAAUUGUCGUCUGCAAGCUUGUAGAAGUGGAGCAUUUUGAUGGAGUGCAGAGAGAGCUGUCAAGGCUGCCAGUGUGUGUUCUUGCCUCCAACCUCGCUCAAUUUACGUGCGUGCGAGCAUGCGUGGGAGGCUGCUACGCUUAUCUGCUUGUCAUCUUGUCCCGGCAAUUUUCUGAUUUCAAGUGAGUACAGUGAUGCCUUGAGAUACAGGUUCAACUCUUGACUCAAAACACAAGUAUUGCAAAUUUACUUACUGGAAGGGAUUGAAUGCAAAUGUUUUUGAAUUUUCUGAAGCGCCCCGUGACGCCACUUUCUUUUAAUUUUAUUUGCGCUUUUAUCCAUUAUUUACCAAUGCCCAAGAAUUGCUUAGGUGAUGCCAUCUUGGUGGCAAAAACUGAAACUGCGUUGUCAGGGGAGGAGCUUCAUUCAUACAGUCCGUCGAUAAGAGUGCUUUGUUGCCCUCUUGUGGCAUUGAUAGGCAAUUAUCAACCCUUUAUUGUUGUUUAUAACUUCAAAAUAAUCUGCAAAAAAUGCGUGACUAUGAAUAUGCAGGAAUUGCACGUGCUUGUAAUGUGCGCUUUGCUGUGUCAUGCUCGCCUCACUCAGCACGUGUGCCAUGUCGUGUGGCGUGUCAGCGCAAGCUAAGUCACCUUAAGGCGCUAACAUCAGUUAGCCUUCUUAUUCUUCAAUCCUCAUACAGUGGCCUCCUCACAUCAUAUGUUAUAUGUAGACUUUUAUGCUUCAUGUGUUGGACCCUGAUCCAUAGGAGAAUCAUUUAAGUGGCUCUUUUUAGUGCACUCAGAUGGAAAGCUGUGACUUUACACUCGCACGGAUCAAUCGUAUGCAAUGACCUCACUUUGUGGCCAUCAAGGUCGAGCGGUGGGGUCCACGGGGCCGAGCCGAUGCUUCACAAAGCGGCCUGCCGGCAUCGGCAGGCGUGACAUCAUCCCUCCGUGUUUCUUUUUAAGCCUUCCAACCGGGCACGUGAGUCACGGGGAAGCUUGACCUGUCGUGCCUAACAAGAUCUCCCUCAUUAAGAGCUAAUCCUCGCAGGAGAGUGGCGUGCUGAACGAAAAGAAGAGGAAGGCUCGCCUCUUGCAAGAGAGAAAACACUAGGGAGGAAGCAAGAGAAUCGUUGAAAAGAAAUCCCGCUCCAAGCCUUUCUGCCAACGUGGACCGCUGACCUUCAACCACCGGUCUCCAGCUGAUUUAUGAUACUGUCCGAGAGCAUGCGCUGAUUCCCGAAUGUGACUCGUCACAUCCGCAUGGCAUGACUGAAGGAGAGAAGCGCCACAGCACAGCUCUCUGUCAGCACUUGUAAAUAA